GUAACCUUGGCCCCCCGGAUGCGGACGUGGUACGCCCUAAGGCUGCCUCCAGCCCUUCAGUGCCAGACCAGGGACGCAUCUUUCUGAAGCACAAUGGCCUUCACAUGAUUCUCGAGAUCGAUCGAACGCACCCCAUUGGCAAGGCAGCCUUGAGUGGUAUCAAGGACAUCACCACUGAGAGCGCUCUGACCGCCAUUCUUGACAUGGAGGACUCAGUGUCCGCCGUGGAUGCCGAUGACAAGUGCAAGAUUUACUGCAACAUCCUCGGCAUUUUCAGGGGAUCCCUGGAAGCUCCCUUUGUCAAG